AUGAAUUUAAGCGACACAGCACACCAGAACCCCGACAAUCCUCGACCCUAUGCCUACCUCUACGAAAAUCUGUGCGUCUACUUCCUGGGCUGGUAUUUACCCACCACAAUCAUUGUUGGAGCCAUGGGCACACUCUUUAGCCUUUUCUUUCUCUUCUGCUCCAAGCUCUUCAAGUCGAACAUGCUUAUCUGGCUGUCUAGUAUCUGCAUUGGUGACUUCCUCAUCCUGAUGCUCGAAGGCCUGUGGAUACUGCUGAAGGUCUGGUUCAAGUACGACAUCCGUGACCAAAACGAUGUCAUCUGUGUGCUUCAUAAAGCCGCGUCAAACUACGCCAUCUAUUGGUCUGCGUACAUGCAGUGCGCGUUGUCCGUGGAACGUGCCUACCUCGUGUUUAAACCGCUUCACGCGAGGGUUCAAGGAGGAGUUUCGAAGAGACACGCGAUCACUUGGAUCAUAAUCUCCCUUCUCCUCAUCACUCCUGUGAUGCCGUAUAUGAUUUACUGGCGAGUGAUCGAUGGCGACUGUGAUCCAACAGACAGAGCCAUCUUCUACCUAACCACGGUCACGGAUCUCAUCGUGUGGGGCAUUGUUCCUCUGCUCGGGAUGACCGUUGCCACCGUCGUGAUUUGUCUGAACAUGGCUAGAGUGGGGAAAAAAUUCAACAAAAGCACUGCUUACCCACAAAAGUGGACACGAAAGCACUCCACAAUCACGGGUUCGGAUAGUACAGGUGUUGAGAAGCGACGAGGACUGUCCAUUUCUGCUUUACCCAUCUCCAGCUCAAAAUCAAAUCCCGAUAUCCACACCCUAUCAACUCGCACGAUGACUCAUCUAGAUGCAACAAAUCUGGCGAAUACGCGGGUUGAAUUAACUCAUGCUAAGUUGCAACGCCAGCUCACAGAACAGAGCAGCAGCCGGCACAACGCACAGGACAAUUUCGGACAUGUUACGAGACUGCUCGUGUGCAUGAACGUCGCCUACAUGACCAGCACAUUCCCCCUAUUGAUAUACUUGAUGUACCGCAACUUCAGUGGCGUCGACGUAGACCCAGAUGUUCAUCGAUUUUUCUACUACAUGUGUCGCAGUCUGUGCUUUCUCAAUUCGUGUACAAACUGGAUUUUCUACUGCCUCGUGGGAAAACUGUUCAGGGCGGAAGCGAAGCACAUUCUGCUGAUGUGUUGCGGCAUGAGAAGCACCAAAUCCGCGCGAGGUUACUCCUCACCUCUGGAGAAUGUCUUAGCCCCCGUGCAAGGAAUUCCAACCCCCACUGUGACUCAACACGUGUGCCCAGGCAAACGAACUCGAUCCAUAAGUGCUGCUGAAAUACAGCGCGUUGUCUCCGCGAUACCCCCCAGAUGA